CAGACAGCAGCUGCAGCGCGAGGAGCGUCCAUCUCCGCUCUGCUUCAAACACGUUCACAUUACGACGUCCGGCUCCACACACACAGCACAGCUACACGCGCGCACACACACACUCUCUGUCUCACAGAUACGCUCUCUGUGUCACACACACUCCACACACACACACGACGACGACGGCCACAAUGGUAGACCGCGAGCAACUGGUGCAGAAAGCCCGGCUGGCCGAGCAGGCGGAGCGGUAUGAUGAUAUGGCAGCUGCCAUGAAGUCGGUCACAGAGCUGAACGAAGCACUAUCCAAUGAGGAGAGGAACCUGCUCUCGGUGGCCUAUAAGAACGUGGUCGGUGCGAGGCGCUCAUCCUGGCGCGUCAUCUCUAGUAUUGAGCAGAAGACGUCGGCUGAUGGCAAUGAGAAGAAGAUCGAGAUGGUGAGGGCCUACCGGGAAAAGAUCGAGAAGGAGCUGGAGACGGUCUGCCAGGAUGUGCUCAACCUCCUUGACAACUUCCUGAUCAAGAAUUGCAAUGAAGAGCAGCAGGAGAGCAAGGUGUUCUACUUGAAGAUGAAGGGCGACUACUACCGCUACCUGGCUGAGGUGGCCACGGGGGAGAAGAGAGCCGCGGUGGUUGAGUCCUCUGAGAAGUCCUACAGCGAAGCCCAUGAGAUCAGCAAGGAGCACAUGCAGCCCACCCAUCCCAUCCGCCUGGGCCUGGCUCUCAACUACUCCGUCUUCUACUACGAGAUCCAGAACGCCCCCGAGCAGGCGUGCCACCUGGCCAAGACCGCCUUCGAUGACGCCAUCGCCGAGCUGGACACCCUCAACGAGGACUCCUACAAAGACUCCACUCUCAUCAUGCAGCUGCUACGAGACAACUUGACGCUCUGGACGAGUGACCAGCAGGAUGACGAGGGCGGCGAGGGCAACAAUUAAAGAGUCCAAAACCUCAUUCUGCCAAAACAACACAACACGCGCGCUCACAAAUGAUGAAAAAAUAAAAAUAGUUUGAAAAAAGUUCUUAGAAACAAAAAAUGGGAGGGUGGGUUGGGGCUGUUGAACAUCGGCAGCCAAUUUAGCUGAUGGUACUAACGUGGCUGCUGUUCUUUAUUUUUCCAGUUAAAAGUGAAAAAAGUAGGAGGAGGGAAGACAAUUUUAGUUUGAGAAAUAACCUUAAAUUAAAAAAAAAGAAUGAAACCCCCUCCUUGAUAGCCUCUGCAGCAUUUGCCAAAAUACCACUGUAGAAGCAAGAGGUAUGGUGUUCAUCACAGUGUGACUGUCAGGUUACGAUACCUUCACACUGGCAGAGACUGGUCUUAACGCGCAAAUGAAGCUGAGCUGUGUUAUUGUAUUUUGUGAGGGGAGUUCAGAAAUUGAGUUCCGAUGCUUGAGCAACUAGAAAAUUAGGGUAACCUUGAAUGUCAUGGCCUUGUUUAGUGAGAGAGAGAGAUAGAGAGAUCGAGAAUGAGUGGGGGAGCAGACAGGUUUACAGAAGUGAAGACAUGCUUUUUGGGCUGUCGAACUUCAUAACGUAACAAACGUACCCGGCAUCUUUAGUUGCACCACAUUAUGAUCGCUGAGUGAGAAGCAGGUUGUGGCUGUUAUUGAAGAUAACAUUAAAAAAACUAUGUUUUUGUUUGCUUUGUGUCAGGUAUGUGUCACACAGUCAUACUGUAACUUAAAAUACAAAACCAUACAGUAAAGUUAGUGCAGCUUGUCCCUCUCAUGUGCUGAUGUGCUUUAUUGAAUAAAUUAACUGUUUUAGGAAACACAAUUCGUAUUGUCAGUAUUGUUGUUACUAUAACAACUUACAUUGGGUCCUUAUGCUCAUAUGAAAUGAUUUGAAAAAUCGGGAUAGCUGAAAAAUGAAUUUGAACGAAUGUGAUGCUUGGAAAUUAUUAAACAAUAAACGAGUCCACCCUUAAACUCCAGUUAUGCUAUCUUCAUAACAAGAAGUAGGAUCUCUGAAAUGGCACCUGUAACCACAGACUUGAUUUUAGACCCAAGUAUAAUUUGUGGAUAGAGCACAUGCAAUGUUAAGUGGAAGCUCUAAAAGCAGAUUUGAGGUUUGUCGAUUUACAUCGUCUUCAGUUUCUUCUUGGUCAAGAAAUGCACUUGCCUAUUAUACUGUUUCUUCAGUGUAAGAUGAUAACUGCUCCAAUAUUCUCCAUAAUACAAUAUUGUGCAUGCUGGUGAUGUAUUUAUACAGUAGCUUCAAUUUAUUAACUUAUACUGUAGAUGUUAUGUAUUCAUAUGAACAUGGAAUUACUAGACUUUAAUCAGAUUAUUUUCUAUUUAUUUCUUUUUAUUGCAAUUGUUAGCUAGUUUUAUUUUAAUCUGUGUUUUCUUUACUCCAUUUGCUGAAGUACGCUAUACCAAAACAGUGAUUGUUAACAAUAAAUUGAUAUGUUACAGACA